AUGGCGCUAAAUGGUCACAGAAUAGCUCCUGCAUCUCCCCCAUACCACCCAGCUAACUGGAUUUUAGAUUUACCUUUGGACAACUUUUGGAUUGGACUGAAUAAUUUGGAAGAAACUCAAAGCUUUUCAUGGUCAGAAGGCACACGGACAAAUGCAAGUUCUUGGUUUCAGCUAUCAAAUCCAGUUCAGCCAAAUACUUGUGUGAAAGUUUCCAAACACAGCUUGGUUGCUGUCAGUUGUGAUACAAAUGCCCAUUGGAUCUGUCAACGAUCUGCAGUUGCUGAGCGAUAUCAAGAACAUAAAGGAAAGGUGCUUUUAUCACCAAAAGGUUCUAUGUCUCAAGUCCACACAGAUUUGAUUUCUGCAAAAAUAGCAUGUAUGGAGCUUAGAGAGCAGUGUACAGGAAUAACAACCUGGAAUAAUGCCUAUGCACUUGCCAGAGGAACAGUAUUGCUAAAAAGCAAGGAAAAACAGUCUGUAGCAUAUGUCAAAUCAGAUUGUUCCUUGGGUUACUUCGGAAUGAACUGUUCCUCUGUUUGCAAUAGAUGCUAUGGUGAUGAAUUGUGUAAUCCCUAUACAGGAGAUUGUGAUGUUUUCCAUUCUUGCAGAUCUCAAGAUUCUCCUGCUGUUUGUGAACAAGAUUUAGGGAUAGUGACAAAUCAAGAUAGAUAUAGACCACCUCUUGCUGGAACAAUGUUGCUUAAUUAUGAAAAAGCAAAGUAUAAAAGGGUAGAUCUUUUUGAUCUCUACACUGAUAAGUUUCUGUCAGGACCAUUAGACCCAAAGUUCUAUACAACUCUUUCCACUGCUGUACUAGACUGCUUAAGUGAUGCCAACUGCUCAGGGAUAGUGCAAGAUAGCCGAUUCUUUAGAAGAACAAGAGGUAUAGAUGAAAUUACUGCAUCUGAUGAAAAUGUAUUUACAUAUAAAAAACGAGAAUGUUCCCUUGGUUACUAUGGCAAUAACUGUGGCUUUCAUUGUAAGAAAUGCCAUGGAGGAUUCAAAUGUAAUUCAAUAACUGGAAAAUGCCCAGAAAGAUUGUACUGCCAUGGUCAAUUCAAAGGUGAACUGUGUGAAUUAGGUCUCAAAAAUCCAAAAUGUCCCCAUAAUGCACCAUGGUGGUAUUUUGAUGGACAUUGCUAUUAUUUUGAAAAGGAAAAAAAAGGGGACUUUGCCUGGGCAGAAAAACGAUGUUCCUACUACAAGGAUUCAUUUCUUGUCUGGAUUUCAAAUGAAAAAGAAAAGGAAGAUGUCUUCAAGGACUGCCUGGGCAAGUACAAGGGGACCCCUAUUUCCUUCAACUUAGACCCCCAGGUAGCCCCCAUUAGGCUUAAGGCGAGGAGAGUCCCUUUUGCCCUAAAACCAAAAAUCGAUAAGGAGCUAGAUAAGCUCAUAAAUCAGGGGAUUUUGGUGCCAGUCGAUCACGCAAAGCGACGGCAAGUCUUUGCAAAGUUAGACUUGGCCCAAGCCUACCAACAACUGCCCGUAGACGCCCGCACAGCCGAAGCCCAAACGAUUGUAACGCACAGGGGGGCCUUCAAGUGCACCCGAUUGCAAUUUGGGGUGAACAAGAAAGGAAUUCACCCUACUGAGAGCAAGGUCAAGGCAAUUAGGAAGGCUCCAGCGCCCAAAAACAAAGCAGAGCUGCAGGCAUUCCUGGGGUUAGUGAAUUUUUACGCGGUCUUUUUAAAGAACAAAGCGACCGUUGCUGAACCGCUGCAUAGGCUUUUAGGGAAAAAUACUGUUUGGUCUUGGGGAAAGUCGGAACAUAGGGCUUUCGAAGCAGUAAAGAACCUGCUCUCAAGUGACAGCCUGCUCAUCCAAUAUCACAACUCAUUGCCCCUAAUGCUGGUUUGCGAUGCCUCCCCUUAUGGAGUGGGGGCUGUACUCAGCCAUAGACUUCCAAACGGCACAGAAGCUCCUAUAGCUUUUUACUCUAGAACGAUGUCCGCCCCAGAGAGGAACUACAGCCAAUUAGAUAAAGAAACACUAGCCAUUGUGUCAGGGGUAAAAAAAUUCCACGAAUAUGUUUUUGGGCGGGAUUUUGAAAUCGUGACUGACCACAGACCGCUAAUAGGGAUACUGGCUGGCGACCGCCCAACGCCUGUGGCACUUUCGCCACGCUUGACCCGAUGGACUAUUUUUCUAGCCGCUUAUUCGUACAAGCUGCAGCAUCGACCAGGAAAAGAAGUGGGGCAUGCAGACGCGUUAAGCAGAUGCCCACUACCAGGGGCUGUCGAAGACCCUACGCCGGGGACGCCCAUCCUGCUUAUUGACUCUUUGGACUCUGGCCCAGUCACAUCUAAGGAAGUGGCUCGGGCAUCAUACCGGGACAUUAUGUUAAGGACUGUACUCGGUUGGGUACAAAGAGGGUGGCCCGCUGCGCCGGGCGAACGUUUUAAGGAAUUUGUUAAAAAACGGGAUGAGCUCUCGGCUCAAGGGGGGUGCCUAUUGUGGGGUGAUCGUGUGGUAAUUCCCGAUAAACUAAGGGGAAAGGUACUGGACCUCCUCCACGAGGGCCACCCAGGGAUCGUCCGGAUGAAGGGGCUUGCGAGAAGCUAUGUGUGGUGGCCACUCAUGGAUUCAGAGAUUGCUGAGAGGGUGGGGAAAUGCCAGGCUUGCCAAGAGUCCAGACCCCUACCCCCAACAGCCCCUGUCAGGGAAUGGGAAAAACCCCAAGGGCCCUGGUCAAGAAUCCACAUUGAUUUUGCUGGCCCUUUCCAUGGCCAAACUUUCUUAGUGGUUGUCGACGCAUUCUCUAAAUGGUUGGAGAUCAUACUCAUGAAAUCCACCACGGCCGAGGCAGUAAUCGCAACCCUACGCCACUUAUUCGCAACCCACGGGUUGCCGGACACUCUGGUGUCCGACAACGGGCCGCAAUUCACGGCAGCCCAAUUCGAAGAAUACUUGGCAGAGGAGGGCAUCCGACAUGCCCUCUCUGCGCCUUUCCACCCUGCGUCGAAUGGCCUUGCAGAGCGUUCCGUCCGGAGCGCUAAGGAGGCAUUGUCCAGGCUUAAGCCAGGUGACUGGCAAACAAAAAUAGACUUCUUUCUGGCCGUUCAGCACAGAACCCCAAGCACUGCUACAGGCAGAAGCCCAGCCGAAUUACUGAUGGGACGGAAACUCCGGUGCCCACUUGACCGCUUGAGUCCCCAUUACACACCAGAGGGUUACAAGGGGGAAAUAGACAAAACAAGGGAAUUUGACAUAGGCGACCGAGUGUGGGCCCGCAACUACAGGGACGGCCCGAGUUGGUUUGCAGGGCAGAUAAUAAAAACAACCGGCCCAAAGUCGUACUUGGUCGAAUUACAAGACAACCGAGUAUGGAGGCGCCACAUAGUAGCAAUAGCCUCUGUCAGUGAGAGAUGCCCAGAUAUGACUAAAUGGCGUUACUGGAAAAGAUACUGUUAUUAUUUUGUAAGUUCUUUUGAUACAUGGGAACAGGCAAAUUCUUCCUGCAGUCGGUUUAGAGCUUCUGAACUUCUAUGGAUUGAAGACAAAGAUGAUUUGGUGUGGCUUCAAGAGAUGAUAAAACAACCAACGUGGGUAGGACUGAAAUGGCAUGAAGAAAUAAAAGAGUGGCUAUGGGGAGAUGGGACAUCAACAAAUACUAGUAGAAAAUGGUUAAAGAUACAAGGAAACACGCUUGAUAGCUGUGGUACACUUAUCCAAAGAUCAUUAGUACUGCGAUCUAUAAAAUGCGAAAACAAGCUCAACUUUAUAUGUAAAAGAAAAGAAGAUGUGAAUAUAUUUGAGAAAUAUGAAGGCCACAUAAUACCACAAAGGGAAAUGGUACUGCCUAAGAGUUUCUCUAAUUUGCGAUCUGCUGAAGAAGAAUGCAUUUUUGAAAAAACUAUUUGUACCGGUGUAGUCUUCUCACAGAAGCACUACCAUAUGGAAAAUACCAUGUCAGUAGUGGACCUAUUGGCUCGAAAGCCACACUGUGAUUCUGGAUAA